ACGAUACCUAACGUGGUUUAAAGAGAGAAACCUGCAAGUCUCGUCCUGCUUUCAGGUGGCAGGACAAGCAGGAAGGGACUGGCAGCGAUGGAGGCAGGAAUAUUUAAGUACAUCUGCGGCAACCAGGGCGCAGUGAACGUGGACGAUAUUAGGUACAAUCUCUUCCCUGGAGAUUCAACCAACGACAUCCUCCGAAACCAGCAGAAGUUUGCCUUGUCGUUUGCAAGUGGAGAGCAGAAAGUGGUGGCGAGGACGAGUGUGAAGCUGUGCAGAGUUAAAGGCUGUGUGGAUGGAACUUGUACAGGAUUACACCUGUGCAAAAACUUCCUCUUCAGCGGGGCCUGUCACUACAGUCAGCAAGGACGAAUCUGCAGCUUCUCCCACGAGCUGAACUCUGGACACAAUCGAAAUGUACUGAGAAAGCACGAUCUGGAGGGUCUGGACAGGGCCGAGCUGUGCACGCUGCUCCUGCAGAGCGACUACAUGUUUCUGCCUUCUAUAUGUCACAAUUACAACAAUGGAGAAGGAGAGUUUGGCCGAUGCAACGAAGGCGCUGGCUGCAAAAGGCUUCAUAUCUGUCAGAACUUCGUCAGUCGUGACUGCGGCUGCCACAAGAACCACGAUUUUAACGCGACCCAGACGCUAAAAAACCUGCACGAUAGAGGGGUGCCUGUCGCGCUCAUUCCCUCCUUGAGGGGGAUUUAUGCCAAUAAAGAAGUGUUGAGGUUGGCUGACAUCAGGCGUGGUCAUGGCCAAAGGGGCAACCACCACGGCCGGCAUAACUCUGCAGAAAACAGCGGCGAAGGUCCGAGUCAAUUUACAAACAGAGGGAGAGGGAGAGGCGGGGCCCGACGUGCCAGAGGAAUGAGGGGGAACAUGGGGAACCGUACAGACCAGCAACUCACGGCUUCCCUCAGCGACAUCCUCGACAACCUCGAUAUGUUAGACCUGUACAGCGGGAUGGGUGAAGGUCUCAAUUCAUCCACCAGUGACAUUUCCGUUGCCGCCGAUGAUACUGACGCGAGCAGCGAAGGUGGUCGGGGUAGACAGAGGAGGAAAAACCUCCAACCUGGGAGAGGGAGAGGGACAGGGAGAGGCGGUUACCGGGGAAACAGUCAGCAGCCUCAGAGAACCCCAACGGAGAUAUGCAUGUACUUCAUUAAAGGACAUUGUAAACACAUGGAACGAUGUUUUAAGGCCCAUGACAAGAUGCCGUACAGAUGGGAGGUCCAGGACGGGGAUCGGUGGACCGCCUUGCCUGAAAAUGAAACGAUUGAGAAGGACUACUGUGACCCCCUCAAUUCUUACAGCACCAGCAGCCCGCCCGUGUAUUUUGACGCCAUGAUCUGUGGUGAGAAGAAAGUGCGCCGACUCUCGACCAUGAGCUCCGUGGUUGAGCCCAACUUCAUCCUCACCACCGAGUGGCUUUGGUACUGGGAGGACGAGCACGGAAACUGGAACCUGUACGCCGCGGAUGGUGAUGGACACAAACCUGCAGACAUGGACAGCGCCACGCUGGAGCAGAAGUUCCUGAACGACGACAAUGAUGUUGUGGAGUUCAUGGCUGGCUCGCAGGCCUAUUCACUCAGCUUUAAGGACAUGAUGCAGAUGAACAAGCGCUACGGCACCAUGAGGGUUGUGAGAAGACGCCCGCGGUUCGUCUCCAUUGUAAAUGUCCGAGAAAUCAGAGCAAGACGACCUCACACCAACUCUACUCCCGUUCCAGACAAUUGGGACAAGACCAAGAUCCCUCAGACAGGAUUCUCGAGAGUUUCAGUCAAACGCUCUUCAGACGAGUUUCAGGCGGUUGAAGCCCUUUUCUGUACGACUAUGCAAGGAUUUGACAUUACAAGUAUUGAGAGGAUUCAAAACAAAGCUCUGUGGGAAGUCUUUCAGUGGCAGAAGAACCGGAUGAAGAACAACAACGGUGGGCGCAAUGUGACAGAAAAACAACUUUUUCAUGGCACGGACUCUAAAGCCUUGGAAAACAUCUGCGAGGACAACUUUGACUGGAGGAUCUGUGGGGUUCAUGGAACGGUUUAUGGCCAAGGAAGUUACUUCGCCAGGGACGCCAAAUACUCUCACAACUACACGGGUGACUCUAUAAUCAGAAACAUGUUCCUCUCCCGGGUGCUGGUGGGGAGCUACACCAGAGGUGCUUCGGACUACCGGCGGCCUCCUCCCAAAGACGGUGCAGACAAAACCUUCUACGACAGCUGCGUGGACAACGUCACCAACCCGUCCAUAUAUGUUGUGUUUGACAAGCUCCAGAUCUAUCCUGAGUACCUGAUACAGUACAGGACCACUCACCCGCUGGUCGACUUAGUCAGUCGUGCAUCAGCAUCAGCACCGGUGCGACAACCAACAAUUACACCAAAACCAAUACUGAAACCAGUCGCACCCCCAAUAACAGCCGCUUCAGUGUUUCAAAGCAGCACAGCGUCCACAUCAGCAUCACUGCAACGACCAACAAUUACACCAACACUGAAACCAGUCACAGCUUCACUGUAUCAAAGCAGUACAGCAUCGGCAUCCACGUCAACAUCGGUGCACCAACCAACAAUUACACCACAACCAACACCGAAACCGGUCACAACCCCAAUAAAAAUAAACCCUUCAGUGUUUCAAAGCAGCACAGCGUCCACAUCAGCAUCACUGAAACCGGUGCCGACCAGGACCAGACCAGCUCAUUCGCUGUAUCAACCCCACACAUUGUCGUACCAGACAAGCACGGCCUCUCCCCUGUACCAACCCAGCCCAGCGAGGCAGUCAUUCCAACACUCCCCAUCCCUCUCUGGAAGACCAGAACCAAAGAAAAAGCCUGAUUCUUGCCUCAUAUCUUAAUGGCAAACGAUAAAGAAAAGGCAGACGGCGUCGAGUAACUUAAAGAACAUUGCAAAUAUCGCUUUAAUUUGAACAUUUACAUGGUAAUGUUUCUCAAUCAUACCAAUUCACAGGCUUCAAAAAUAUUAAUUCACAUGUUUCAGUCACACCAC